AUGCUGCUUUCUCUGGCGACAGCAGGCCUGGCGAUCCUGGUGACCGCGGGUGUAUUCAACUAUUACUCCUCACUAAAGAAAGUCUCAUACCUCCCGGGCCUGCGAUGCGCAUUUGCGCCUCUAUCCUUGUGGGGUGCGCUACUCCCCACCAGCUGGUGGAAUCCGGGACUCGACUGGCCUUGGGAGUGGAGGUGGAAUGUUUAUAGACACUACCGCUCGCAAACCAUCUCCUGCAUUUCUAUCAUACGUGGAAUACCCUACAUAUACACGUCUUCCCUUGACGUUGCGAAGCAGAUCCUGAACGGGCGUCCGGAGGUGUACAAAGCACCGGACUCGACUGGUGCCCUAAGCUAUUUGUGGGGAGACAAUGUUGUCUCGGCCGAUUAUGACAUGUACAAACGCCAUCGCCGAGUCGUCGGACCUGCGUUCAGCAGAGCUGGGUACGUCCUUGUUGCCGAAGAGACCGGCAAACUCUACCGAGAAAUGGUAGAUAGCGAGGGAUGGGCCCAGACAGGCGAAGUCACGGUGGACUCCAUCAACCGCUACUUAUCCAAGGCACGUAUCAUCUCCCGAUGCGGCUUCGGCCUCCCCUUCCCCUGGUCCAGUGUCACCGCCGCUUCCGAGGAGAUGUCCUUUGAGAAGGCACUGACCAUAGUUUCUGAGAAGUCCAUCAUCCGUCUCGCAGCCCCGCGUUGGCUGUACUAUUUGCCGAUCAAGCAGCUCCAUGAGAUCGACAAGGCGUAUGCGACCGUAUCGACGUUCAUGAGCACGUUCAUUGCUGCUAAGCAAGCCGAGCUCAGUUCUCAGACGGAGGAUAAGGAUAUAAGGUCCAGCCACGACUUGCUGACACGGCUGGUAGCGGCUAGUGAGGCUGAGGGAAAGAAUGGGCUGUCAGAUCGAGAGCUGUUCGGGAACACUUUCACGUUCAUGUUUGCUGGACACGAGACAACGGCGCACACACUGGCAGCCACGCUCGCACUGCUGUCUGUUCACCAAGAAGAGCAAGACAAGGCGGUUAAUAUCAUCCAUAAGGUUCUCGGUGACAGACAGCCUACCCUGGAUGAUGUCGAGUCCGGGGAACUCGACCUGGUCUUAGCGUGCUUCGAAGAAGCAGCUCGGAUGUUCCCGCCCGGCUCCAUAGCCGCGAGGGACACAAACGAGACAAUAUCCCUUGCUCUACCACAAGAAGAUGGAGGUGGGAAUGCCGUCAUACCCCCCGGUGUCCGACUUGUGGUCGACUUCAUCGGCCUGCACUACAACCCCCGCCUCUUCCCCGACCCCGGGCGCUACGACCCGUCACGAUGGUACGGCGUGCGCGAACCUGACAUGACAUUCUUCAGCAUCGGCCCGCGCGCAUGCCUCGGGCGCAAGUUCGCGCUGGUCGAGGCGACGUGCUUCCUGGCCCUCUUCCUGCGCGAGUGGAGGGUAGACCCGCUGUUUAGGGAGGGGGAAACCGUGGAGGCGUGGAAGGAGCGGUGCUUGCAGGCGGGCUUUGUCGGAUUGGCGUUUGGGCUCCGCGACGUGCCCCUGAAGAUAACGAGGCGAGAGAAAGCGUGA